CAGAGGAUAACUGUGGAGGUGUGAGGAGUCGUAGGCAGAAACCUUGCUGGGAGAUGGGCAGUUGCCUUCACUCCCUCCCUCUCUUGGGGAACACGAUUUGUGGCUGGCAGGGGUGCCUGGAGUUAACAGAACCAUGAACAGUGAGUGUUUGUUACCUUAUUACACUGCCCACAGCUACCGAUCCAUGGGCGUGUUCAACACCUCCAUGGGAAACCUACAACGACAGCUGUACAAGGGAGGAGAGUAUGAUAUUUUCAAGUAUGCACCAAUGUUUGAGAGUGACUUUAUCCAGAUUAGCAAAAAAGGAGAGGUGAUUGACGUUCACAAUCGCGUCCGAAUGGUGACUGUGUGCAUUGCAUCCACCAGCCCGGUCCUGCCACUGCCUGACGUCAUGCUCCUGGCCCGACCAGCUAAAGUCUGUGAAGAACAUGCCAGACGGGCCCGAUUCGUCAAGGGGAGAAGUCGAAAGCCUUCCAAGAUGUUGGAGCUCACCAGGUUGCUUCCUUUGAAGUUUGUCAAGAUCUCCGUUCAUGAUCGUGAGAAGCAGCAGCUGCGCCUGAAGCUUGCCACAGGCCGAACUUUUUAUCUGCAGCUGUGUCCCUCUUCUGACGCACGUGAAGACCUCUUUUGCUACUGGGAAAAGCUUAUCUAUCUCCUGAGGCCACCGGUAGACAUUUGUGGCAGUAGCCCAGCACUUCACACUGCUGACACCUCUAUCCAGGGGGACUCCAAAAGCCUACUUGGCUCAGAGAUCCACGGAGAAGGAGAUCAGGAUUCUAGGCAUCAAAAGCUCCAAGAAGUGUCAGGAGCCACUUCUGCUGCAUUUGCAGGAGGAGAGGGAACACAACCAGCUACUAUAGCUUUUGCAGCCCUUGGUACCCGGGGAUCUGCCAAAGCAGGGGCAGCAGGUGGCACUGUGGCUGCAAGAGCAACAACAGGCUCCUCAGUGGGUGUGGCGAAAGUGGGGACAGCUACAAGCUCAACCUCAGAUACCAUAAGUGUGGCAACAACCAAGUCUCCAGGUUCAAGCCGGGUAGCCACAGCCCUGGCAGGAACAGCCAGCACAGAUGAGGGAGGAAGUGGGUCCAGCAAGGCCCUGGCAGCUGUUGCUAACAUAUCCUCAGAAGGUAUAGAAGUGAUGUUGUCUGGAGCUGCCAGCUCUUCCUCGGAGUCGACUUCUGCAGAUGGUGCUGGCAGUAGCUCCCCAGAAAGCAGCCUGAGUAUGGUGUUUACAGGCACCAUGACUACCAAGGGGCCUGCUGCAGAUAAACCUGAAGCUCCCCUCGUGUCAACCUUGCAGAGUGAAGGCUACAUGUGUGAAAGGGAUGGGAGCCAAAAGGUUCCCCACCCUGGCUCUGAAAUACGGAAGGAGAAAAGAGAGAGACGAGAAAAGAAGGACAGAAAAGCAAGCAAGAAAAGUUCCCAUUACCGCAGGACAGGGGCAGGUCACCACAGUUCAAGCAAGGAGAAGACCCGGAAAUCAUCUUCCCACCGGUCUGUAUCUAGCCAUGGGAAAACCAAAGAGGAUAAGAAAGGGAAAGGGCGGGGCAGCUUAAGGGGCAAAAGACACAGCUCCUCUUACAAAAGUGAGUCCCGGAUUGCUCGCAAACCCAGGAAGAGCCGGUCUGCAGCUAGCUCGGGGUCUGUGGUUAAGAAAUCCAGUAAGAUUAGCUCUUUCUUGAGGAGCUUUAUCAUAAGGCCUACUUCAAAACCAGGAGCCGCCUCAAGUGAUAGAGGAGGGGUAGACAUUGUGACGAAGACGGUGGAGAAACACAACAUAGAGACGAAGAUGGAGAAAGUCGAGGACUUAGGGUUCACUGGCACUGUGACCUCCGAGACAAUGGAGAAGAUCGUCUUCGAAGCCAAAUCCAUCUAGAUAAGACCAGAGCAGGAAGCAGCAACAGUGGCUAAUUCUAGCUUCUGUAAUGGCAGUUUCAAUAACAGAAAGUCACAAAACCCCAAAGGAAUUUUGUCUUCUGUUUGCGUUCUGUGUUGCACACCCUGGCAAUGACUUCACAGUGGCUCCUGUGACAUCAAUUGCUUCAGUGAAGUGACCCCUCCCACCAUAGG